UCGGUUUUUUUUUUCUGCUGUGGUUUCUGAAAUAGCAGUGAAAGUAGGCUGGUGAAAACGGAAUGCGCUUGCUGGAAGAGGAGGAGUAUUACUGUGUAAUUAAAUAAAAAAAACCUGAGACUGAUUUGUUGGGAUCGAGCAGCCAGGAGGGUGUUACCGGUCGAUAUUAUAUCAAGUUAGAAAAGCAAACACGGGAUCAGAAAUUUGGCGCCUUCAACUUUUUAUAAUACACUUUUCGAACGACCCCCCCUCCCGGUCUGAGACUUGCUUCAUCUUAGAUUCCGGUCGCAGUAUUUUUCGCCUUCCUCCCUCAGUUUGAGGAGCUGCAGAGUCGCUGUGGAUGCAGCCGGACUUAAUGACGUUAUUUUCGAUUAAAAUUAGACGUAUAGCUGCCUGCAGAGUUUAAUGCUAAGGGUUGGAUCUGCGAAGUUGUUUGACACCCUUGGAUAAGCCUUGCUUUUAAUGCGACCAGAUCUGCAUAUCCGCGCUCGCCGCAUGGACGAGGAAGAAUGAAUCGAUAAAAUCAAUCCACCUGAUACUCGCAGGGACUUUCGCGGCGGAGUGAAGUAACUUUUUUUGUUAAACAGGGUCAUGAUGUAUUCUCCAAUUUGUCUAACACAGGAUGAGUUUCAUCCGUUCAUCGAGGCACUUCUCCCACACGUCCGCGCGAUCGCCUACACCUGGUUCAACCUGCAGGCGCGGAAGCGCAAGUACUUCAAGAAGCACGAGAAGCGGAUGUCCAAGGACGAGGAGCGGGCGGUCAAGGACGAGCUGCUGAGCGAGAAGCCCGAGAUCAAGCAGAAGUGGGCGUCCCGGCUGCUGGCCAAGCUCCGCAAGGACAUCCGGCAGGAGUACCGCGAGGACUUCGUGCUCAGCGUCACGGGCAAGAAGCACCCGUGCUGCGUGCUCUCCAACCCCGACCAGAAGGGCAAGAUCCGCAGGAUCGACUGCCUGAGGCAGGCCGACAAAGUGUGGCGCCUGGACCUGGUGAUGGUCAUCCUCUUUAAGGGGAUCCCUUUGGAAAGUACGGACGGCGAGCGGCUCGUCAAGUCCCCGCACUGCACAAAUCCAGCACUUUGUGUCCAGCCGCACCACAUAACAGUAUCGGUCAAGGAGCUGGACUUGUUUCUAGCGUACUAUGUCCAGGACCCAGACUCCCAGCAGUCAGGAAGUCCAAGUAACAAUGAGCCUGGCAAGAACCCUCCAGGUUACCUGGAGGACAGCUUCAUCAAAUCAGGAGUCUUCAGUGUUUCAGAGCUGGUGCGAGUGUCCAGAACGGCCAUCACCCAGGGAGCAGGGAACCUGUCCAUUGUGGACAUGCAGAGUCAGCCUUACUACCAUGACUUGAACUCCGCGCUUCCUCGCUCCCUCUCCUCCCCACAUGGCAGCAAGCGGCCCAAGACCAUCUCCAUGGAGGACAGCAUGGAGACCAGCCCGUCGGGGGACUUCUACUCCUCCCCCAGCUCCCCGGCCAGCGGCAGCAGGACCUGGCACGAGCGAGAGCAAACAGACAUGUCGUCUCCCACGAUGAAGAAGCCAGAGAAGCCAUUGUUCAGCCCAACCUCCCCGCAGGACUCCUCCCCCAGACUGAGCACUUUCCCCCAGCACCACCACCCAGGGCUCACGGGGGUCGGACACAGCGUGAUUUCCACCAGGAGCCCGCCCCCGCACUCUCCACUGCAGUUCUCUGCACCGGCCAUCCUGCCCCCCGCCCCAUCGCCCUACUUCUCCCACCCCACCAUCCGCUACCCGCCCCACCUCAACCCGCCAGACACCCUGAAGAACUACGUACCGCCGUAUGACCCGUCCAGUCCGCAGAGCAGCCAGCCCAACAGCAGCGGGCAGGUGGUGGGGAAGGUGCCGGGGCACUUCACCCCGGUGCUCGCCCCCUCCCCUCACCACGGCGCCGUGCGACCCGUGUCCCUCUCCAUGCCGGACACCAAGCCCAUCACCACAUCCACAGAAGCUUACUCGGCUCCCGGCACACCCACAGCAAACCGCUUCGUGGGCCUGAGUUCCCGGGACCCGGGCUUCCUCCACCAGCAGCAGCUGAGGAUGUGUGACUGGACCAUGAAUCAAAACGGCAGGCAUUAUUACCCAGGUGGCAGUGAGGACACUUUGGGGAUUACUUGGCAAAGUCCUGGUACCUGGGCGAGCUUAGUUCCAUUCCAAAUGUCGAACGGGACUCCGAUUCUUCCAGCAAAUGCCCAGAACUACAGCAUAAACAUCAUUGGUGAACCCUUCCUUCAAGCAGAAACAAGUAACUGAAUUCAGACUGGGGAAGGAAGCGCUAGAAAAAAACUGACAGGACAAAGGACAACCCAGCAAAAGCAGCACUUAAACAAUCUCCUUUGUCCCCUUUCCGAGGGAUACCGGCCAAGAACAUGAGGUGAAGCAGCCUGACUGUGCGGUAUUGCUCACACCAGACAGUCUUUGUGUGGAGAGGUCCCCCCAGUCGAAUACUGUGAUUUACCCAAUGCGACUUUUGAUGCCUUAAUGUUUGCAUGACACGCUUUUCUGUUAGUACGUUUUCUUGAUCUUUUGGGAGCUCUUGUCAUAGUUUUAAAAGACAGGUUAGAUCGUUUUGAAGACACAAAGACUGGCUGACUGAUUGCAGGCUGCAGGGGGUCUACUCAAAGGAAAUUUGACUUCACUAUCAGAGGCCGAAGAGUCUCGUCAUUCACUACAUUCACAUAGGAGAAAUGUGAGAAAUCAAAUUUAUUUCUUAGAUCCACCACGGUUAAGUUGUUUGUUUGUUUCUUUUUUGUUUUUUAAACUAAAAGCUGUAAUCCUGUUGAUCCAGUGCUGAUAUUUAGCUAAGGUAAGGUGAAGGUGAGCAUGUACACUAAGAGUUAUGAACUCAAAAUCUAACAAACAAAAGAAAAGUAAAAAAGCCUAUAUUAUUAGGUUAAGAAAUUUGCCCCUUUUAGUGCAGAAUGCGUUCGAUGUUUCCUUUUAAAAAAGGAGAAAGGAAACAAAAAAGAAUCUCUUAAGAGGCAAGUGCAAUUUAAAUGAUAUUACUGAAGGGAAGCUAUUGCAGUCUUUCACCCCUGAGACACUAAAUUGAGGGGGAUUAAAUGUU